AUCAGUGCCAAUCAGUUCCACCUAUCAAUGCCAGUCAGUGCUGCCUAUCAGUGCCCAUCGGUGCCACCUAUCAGUGCCCACUGGUGCCGCCUAUCAGUGCCAAUCAGUGUAACCUAUCAGUGCCAAACAGCCAGUCAGUGCUGCCUAUCAGUGUCAGUCAGUGCUGCCUAUCAGUGACUGUCAGAGCCAAUCAGUGCCGCCUAUCAGUGCCAGUCAGUGCCACCUAUCUGUGCCAGUCAGUGCCACCUAUCAGUUCCCAUCAGUGCUGCAUAUCAGUGCCCAUCAGUGCUGCCUUUCAGUGCCCAUCAAUGAUUGUUCAGUCACCUAAUAUUUUACAUAUGGAUCCAAACACUCA